AAUUACUUCUUUAUGUGCUAACUGGCCCGGAUCAGUUCACGACAGUAGGAUUUGGCGCCAGUGUAAAUUGAAUAAUCAAUUUCAAAAUGGUAUGUACAUGUAUUCACAAUGGUCUGUUGAUCGUUCUGGAUAUCUAUGUUUUACCUAUUUGAUGACACCUUUUUUAAACCCAACAAAUAGUCAUGAAGAGAAUUUUAACACCAGCUUAUGUAGAAUUAGAGUUUUAAUUGAACAAACAUUUGUAGUUUUAAAAAGAACAUUUGCUCUACUUUUAUUUCUCAACCCAGUUACUAAAUAUCUCUAA